CGACCGAGAGGGUGGCGGAUUCCAAACCUUCAUUCCUACUGGAGAUUGUUGAUCGAGACGCGCGACAGAGUGUUCGUGUAGCUUUUCCAACGUCCUGCCUCAUGCGCCGAGCCUCAUCAUCUCCACGAUCCUACAGCCUUCUCGACGAAAGUUAGGGCUUCUCUUCUCAUCAUGGCCUCGUUGAUUAUCUUUCUGAUUGCGGGGUUCCUGGCGCGGCUCUGCGCGGCUCAACAGGCGGGAUGGGCGACAGGCCAGGUCAACGCAACCAUGUGUUCAUGGCAAGCUCCAAGAGCUGCUGUUAUUCGUGACACUGUCUACAUCGAUGGAGGCUACUUGUGGUGGGAGCCAGGGAUGUCCGAUGGGACAUAUGGAGCACCUGUUAAUGAUGGAAAUCCCUUGGGGAUUGUAUAUUCCUUGAACUUCAGCACUCCCUUCAGCACGACACAGUCCUUCAACAUGAGCAAUGUCUUCGGAACGACAUCGAAGGGUGCCGGCGGAAGCGAAGCAAAUAACAUUGGCCCAUUGUACUAUGAUGGAGGAAUGUUUGCCAAUGAUUAUGAGUGGUUUACAUAUGGAGGUCUUCUCUCAUUGACAGAUGCCUACCCAGCGCCUCCAGACAACGCGGUUGCACAGUACAACCAAUAUGCAAAUGGUCCGCCGAAACAAUUUGGAAAUGGAUUUGUUCUCCAAUAUUUGCCAAAUGGGAUUACCAGAUACGUCACCGAUGGCGCAGCUGUCAGCGUGCCUUCUGAAAAUCUUGGAUUCUAUUUUGGUGGACUACGAUCUUCGACUUUUGGGCCGAUAUAUUAUAUCUCUGGUAAUGCCUCUCUGAACGCCGAUGACCUGUCUGAAACUUUGAUUGAGGUGGAUAUGAGUUCUCAAACCAAAGCAAAGUGGAACAACUACACUCUUCCAACUAAUGUUCCUGGGAGGGCCAAUGCUGAAAUCGUCUGGGUCCCCGUUUCGAAGCAAGGAAUUCUCGUGGCCAUCGGUGGAGUUAUCCUUCCCGCGUACGCAAAUGUCAACCAAACCGAUACUCCAGCGCAGAGGGCUCUGAGUCAACAACAAAGCCCUGCAUUCAUGACGACCGUGGCUGUUUACGAUAUCGCCAACCAAGUUUGGUAUGAGCAAGAAACAUCGGGGACACCCCCAGGCCAAAUGACCCUAGGCUGCGCUGUGGUAGCGUCUGCUCAAGACGGAUCAAGUCAUAACAUCUAUUGGUAUGGUGGUUUCAAUGGCCUUGACCAAGGAGGAACUUACAGUGACGACGUCUGGAUUCUCUCCGUCCCUUCCUUCAUGUGGAUGAAAGCCAAAUCAGGAACGCUUUCCCACGGUCGUGCUGGACAUAAAUGCGUGAAACCAUAUCCAGAUCAGAUGUUCGUGAUAGGAGGAUACCCUUCCCUUACUGGAACCUCCUUCCACUGCCUUGAAGGAAACGUCAUCCAGGUCUUCAACCUCAGCAGCCUUGAAUGGAUUGAUAAAUAUGACCCAAGCGUGUGGAGCAAUUACACCGUGCCCGCAAUGAUAUAUGACAUGAUAGGCGGGACUGGCACCGGCAGCGCAACGCAGACCGCGCCCUCCUCAACCAUCUCUUCAAACGCAACCAUGAUCGCGCUCUUCCAGCAACAAUACAAUACCUCAAAAAUAACAACCUGGUACCCGUACCACGCGACCACCACUUCAUCCAGCCCCCGGCCUACCCUGCCCUCCGUGGUAGCCAAACCAGGAAGCGGGACGCCUUCAUUCCUCGCACCCGUACUGGGCGUAAUUCUCGGCCUGGUAUUCAUCACUUGCCUCGUUGUAGCAAUCAUGCUCUACCGCCGCCGCAAGCUCCUCAGCUCAAACGGCACCGCAACGCAGAGCGAGAACGGCACAGUGGACCGCCAACGCGGGGUGCUGGGCUGGCUGCGCGGUGUGAAUGUGGAUGCGAAAGCGCCGACUAUUACCACGGAUGAGACUCCGAGUAGUCCUUACGAUGAGGACAACCCGUAUUUGCCGCAGCCGCAGGAGAUCGGUGGUGGACAGGUGCAUGAGAUGAUGGACACAUCCCGCCCUCAAGAGCUCUCAGAUUCCGGAACAGGCUUCACACCCCUCGCUCUCUCUGGUGGCACCUCCCGCAACUCGCCCAAGGGCCUUAGCUCCUCCCCGUCCGUAGCAUCCAACACUUCAGCCGCCUCCUCAGUCUCCCACGUCUCGGGGCGGCAUCCCUCUAUCCCCGCCAUCUCCCCCGUUGCCACAUCGCCAAACUCUCCGGAAGAGGGAAGGAUUAUCAGCGGCGUGUCUAAUUUGAGUGAGACCGAUAAAGGCCAUUUGAGAGGCAUCAGUGAAACGAGCGGUGUGAGCAUUUCUACUAGCGCGGGCGCGGCGAUGGUAAGUCCUGUUAGUCCACCGCGGGUGGAGGGGAGCGAUUAUAUUAGUGCGAGACCUGGUGGUGAGGGGACAUUUGGGCCUGGCAGUGGGGAGGGGAGUGGGAGUCCCGCGUCGAAGAGGAGGAGUAAUUUUGCCGAGGAGUUGGAUGAGAGUAGACGGUAGGGUAAGGCUUGGUAAAUUGGAUGAAGAAGGGGGAUUCUUUGUACAUCUUUUUGAAAUUUUGACGGAUGAAGGAUGCAAGGAAACAUGGCGUUCUGGUUGGACAGGCAAUUUGUCUUACGUUCUCUAAUUUGAAAUCUGAAAUCUUCUGCAAAGAU